AUGGACCCCGACAUGGCGUGCAUAGGCAAAAAGCGGUUUCUGGAUGGCACGGAGACGGCAUUCCGCGACACCAAGCGAAGGCUGAUCGAAAACCUGACGGAUCUCCACAUCGGUGUGGGAGGCCCAGGGUUUGCAAGCAAAUCCAUGUUUGAGAGCGAGUACCUAAACUCUGCCCCACGACACCAUCCCGCCAGCGACAGGGUCGUGAUACCGAACAUUGAUCAGUUCCUUAGAGAGAACCCUGACCCUCUGGAGGGCGAGAAGGUGGACCUUUCGAACGUGGACCUGGACAAACUGAUUAUCCCGAACCCAGGGCGCUCUGGUCAAGUACUAUAA